GCAGGGAUCAUUGCUUGCCCACGACAUGGCCCAAAGGGAAAGGCAAGCUAUGGUGUAGCUGUUCCCCAGGACCACCAUUCAACAGACUUGGCAAAAGGAAGGACAGGGUGUUGCCGCGUUGGAUCGGGUGUGUGGCAUGCGGCCUCACCGCGACCAGCGCUCACCCUGCCCCGAUUUGUGCCAUGUCAGCCGUGUCCCUUUCGAUAACAGGAGUGGCGGCUGCAUCAUCAUCAGCAUCAGCAUCAGAACAUCCCGUGAAAGAUGCACACUGUAUGCUUCGACAUCGACAGCGCCAGCGCCAACAGCCAUCAUCACGAUCCAGGACGUGCUCAUCGCGACGACCUUGCGACGCGAGGGCCUACUCGGCAGCCGCGCCGUCAAACUCGGAUCCUGACUCGAACGCCAGUGAUGGCGACAGCGACAACGACGUGGACAGAAGCAUGCCGUCUGUCCUCCAACCUCGAGCGCUUGAGCUAUCAUGCGAGUGCCAUGACGCGCGUCGCGCGUAUAAGCGCAGCCGGAGACACUCUCCUCGAGCUCGCCAGACUGCCUCAUUCGUAACAUCUGCCGCGGCCGCAGCGGCGGGAGUGCUUGUUUCGUCUGUGCUUGUCGUACAUCCGCUCCUAGCAGGCUCGGCACUCGCCUUCCCGCUCUCAAAUUCGCGGCCUGAACUGCAGGCCGUGGCUAAUGUGCGCGCCGCUGGUGGGGGUAUUCGCAUCCCUGCUGUGGCUGGUGUUCCGCCGAUGCGAAAGGGAAAGGGCAGGGAGAGGACAGGCGAAGAAGAUAACGAAUGGAUGCAGGUCCUACACAAGACAGGGAGCGUGCCAGAAGGGGAUAGCGAUGGGCACAGGGAAGAACAGCUUUGGCGACGAGCGGUCAUCUCCGAGCGUCAGGAUGAGCCACGCUCGUCAUUGCCGACGCCUACAUCAGUUCCUUCGGCGUGGCCGACGUUCUCGAAGCACUCCACUACAGGCUUAGGUUUACCGGAAGCGCCUCCCCUUGGCAUCUUCAUGGAAGAGAUGAAUCCAAACGCCAGAAGCUGGCUCGCAGCGCGGCAGCAGGAUGCGUCCACGUCAUCUACAUCGCCUUCCUCGCCAAUAGUUGCGUCAAGCAGCGCAUCUGCAUCUGCAUCUACGAGCAGCAACAGCAGCUCGUCCGCCACAUCUGCGAAGCCUUUUACCGUCACAGUGACGACGUCCAACGUGGUCAAGCCAUCGUACACCGUCUCGCUCGUGCGCGCCUCGCCGCUGUACACGGGCGUCCCGAGCAGCUGGGAACCGCCGAGGCGCUCAAUCUGGUUCCAGCGCCGGACGAUCUUCAUCGUCAGCAUCUUCCUCUCCAUCUUCAUCGUCCUGUCCAUCGGCGCGACCGUCUUCCUGCGCGACAGAAAGUACGACGUCGCAGAGGAGGAGACGGACGAGGAUGCCAUCGCGCGCAUCAUGGCCGGUAGGAGCAAGGACCAGGAGCGCCUCGAACGCCAGGGCAAAGUUGGCAGGCGGGACGCGCGCGUUGUGGAUGACGAUGACUUUGGCGAGGUCCAAGGGGACGGAGAAGGGAUGGGCGGCGGCACAACAGGUGAAAAGGCCGAAGACGACCCGUCCGCCAGGCGAAACAGCAAGAAGGCCAGGCUCCGUCGUCUUGUUGUCACGAGGUGGACCAAAGCAGCUGCGAGCGUGCCUGGGGCACAACAGCUAUUCUUGCUCGCACCAUCUCCGUCAGCUUCGGGAUCCAGGCGGCGGCGCCAGCGAGAGGGUCAGCGCGGGCGCGAUGAAGAUAAUGCGGAGGAAAAGGAUAGCAGGGAAGCGGUGCAGGCGCCGGCGUGUGGCUCGAGCGACUCGGCGCGCUCCACUGACGCUGCUGCUGCUGCUGCUGCUGCCGCGGAUGUGAGACUACACAUCCGAAGUCGCAGCAAGGCGAGCCAGGAAGGUGCGGAUGGACGCAAUGUCAGGAACAGCAGCAGCUGCUGCAGCAGCACGAACAGCCGCCACGCGAGCAGCGACGAGCUGCGACGCCGAGCAGUGCGGCGUCAUCGACCGAGGCUCGGUGAUGGUAGGAGCGAGAGGGUCGAGAUCGCGUACGACCCCCAAAGUCACGCUCACGGGCAGCAGCAUCAGCACGACGGUCUGCAACCUUCAGCCUCUACCGGCGAGCUCUCGAGCACAGGCGCAGAUGCGGAUUUCGAUGCCGCCGAUCGGUCUUCCACUUCAGCUAGCCGAUCGGGGAGCGGCAGCGGCGCGCAUCCAGCUACGACGACCAGUGGCGCGAGUCACUCAAACUCCUCGCAGUCCCAACAAUAUUCACAACUUGCUUCCACCGCAGGCUCACGCCCAAGCUCCGGCUCCGGUGCCGGUGCAGGGACAGCUGCAACUCCCGCUGUGCCCUCCUCUCGCCUGGACGCGUCGGACCUAUCAGCAGCUGAAGUAGCCGAAGCCAAUGCAUCUGCAGGCGCCACAGCGUCUUCGCGCUCUGCGCCACCGCCCACGCUCACCGCGACCGAUGCGGGGUCCGCGCCGCCGGACGCCGAUGCCGACGCCCAGACUGACGCCAACGCGGAAGAGCUCUUCCCGCCUGCGUAUCCGACAAGGGGCACUGCCAGUAGGCCGUCGACUGGUGCCGCGGCUGUUGCUGCUGUCGAAGCAGCCGCGCGGACGGAGCGCAAAGCGGAUGUUGGCUUCGGUGGCGAUGGGCACUUUGCAGCGGAUGUCGGAAACGCAGACUCCCCGGUAAUUCGCAUGGACAGCGUUACUGUGCCGAUGGUGGGCGCAUAUCCGCCGCCGCCUAUGAUGGGCAUUUCCGCCGUGGCGCAUAUAGCCACGGACGACAAGGCUAUCCUCGGCGCGAUGACGGCCGCUGCCAGUCGGCCACUGCAACCUUCCGCCCCCUCUGCUCUGGCGCCCAUGUACGCCAACAAUCCGAGCAGUGAUGUUUCUGCUGCUGUGGGUGCGGACGAAGGGCCUUCUGCUCCCGAGCUGGACGUCGACGAAGAUGGGUUCGAGCAUGUCGGAGCUACGGUGUCUGCAACUGCUACAACGGUCGCACUCGCACAGCGAGGGCAAGAUGCAGAAGGGAAGAUGGAGCUGCAAGGAAAGGGGAAAGGCGCCAACCUGCUGCCGCAGCCACCGAUUCCGCAUACACCCAGCUUCUCGGUAUUCGACCAGCCAUACUCGCUCUCCCUGAGCUGGCCGCCGCGCAGCAGCGUAGUGUCGCUACAGCCUUUAGCGCCGGUACAAGUAGCAGAGUUGUCAUCGCCAUCGACGACGCUAGAGCCAACACCGGCAGUACGAGAAAAGGAGCGUGAGGCGCAAGCUGAACGCGCGCUGCUCGCCUCGUCUCCGAUUGACUUGGAUGUGCUGACUGCCGGUGCGGCGUUGCCUGCAUACACUCGCAAUGCCGCGAGUGGUCUCUCCCCCAUGCCUACGGCUCACGCGCCUUCGGCACCAGCGCUGGAAGAGAUGGAGGGACUCGGUGCUGAUGGGAACGCAGGGCACUCCCCGCAGCAGUACGCACCGUCUGCUCCGCCGGCAGAGGAUGAAGAGAGUGAACGGACUGAAGAGGGAAGGUACAUUCGGUUGGAAGGGCAAGGAUCCGAAGGGGAUCAUCCGGAAGAUGCAGAUGGCUGUCCGCAAAUCUGAUCCAACUGGACGGGUCGCACAGCAACAAUGGCAGCAGCACCAUCAUCGCCAAUCUAUUUUGUACUCAUUGCAUUGCGGAUUCGCAUUUUCUUUCACGGCAGACAU